UUGACGCGCGUGAACGACGCGGCGAGGGAUCGAACGCGGGAAAUAUUCGCCGACGCGUUGGCGCUGUGCGUGACGGAUGGUAAGAUUGAGAGCGUGGAUGCGAAAAAGUUGGCGUCGAUCGUGGAUCAGAUUGAGAACUCGAUGACGGCGAAGUGGCCGAGCGGCGGCAAGGAUUACAAGGCGAAAGUGCGGCAGUUGGCCUUCAAUCUCAAGGAUGCGAAGAAUCCGGAUCUGCGCACCAACUUAGCGACCGGUGAGAUUAGUGCGGGGGUGUUGAUCGAUUUGUCUCCCGAAGAGUUGGGUUCGAACGAGCGACGGAACGCGAACGAGCGCAUUCGCGAGUUGGCGGAGUGGGAAGCCGUGCGCGGGCAACAACAAGAAGCCAGCACGGACGCGUUCAAGUGCGGCAAGUGCAAACAGCGCAAGUGCACGUAUUAUCAACUGCAGACGCGCUCCGCGGAUGAACCUAUGACGACAUUCGUGACGUGUGUCGAGUGCGGCAACCGGUGGAAAUUCUGCUGA